GGUCCAGAUCGACUAACAAAUAGUAGAGUCCGCACAGUAGAACUCCCUCUCUUCACUUCUCCGAGGAUCUCCCCAUCAAAUCGUGGUUAGCAGUAACACAAGAGGAGCGAAACGAAGCCGGAGAAAAUGAUCGUCUGUGUCGCCGUCGUCGGCCACCAGAACAAUCCGCUCUACAUACAGAGCUUUACGGAUGCCGAUGACGCUCUGAAGCUCCACCACAUCGUCCACUGUUCCCUGGACGUUGUUGAUGAGCGAGUGAACAACCCCAAAAAGUCUGGACCAACAUUGAACGAGACAUUUUUGGGCCUGCUUUAUCCGACUGAAAAUUACAAAGUGUACGGGUACUUAACCAAUACAAAGGUGAAGUUCAUCUUGGUGACAACAGAUUUAGAUGUCAGAGAUGCAGAUGUUAGAAAUUUUUUCAGGAGAUUCCAUGCUGCUUAUGUAGAUGCAGUUUCAAACCCAUUUCAUGUGCCAGGUAAAAAGAUAACCUCCAAGACUUUUGCAGAAACGGUGAGCACCAUUGUCAAGUCAUUUGGGUUGAGUUCUGCUGGCUGAAGAAGGAGCUAGAGUGGAAUCGAAUUUUGUCUCGUCUUCCCAUAUGAAGUUGGCGGAUUUUCUUUUAUUUUUCUUCUUUGUUUGGUCUGGGAUUAUCUAUUUUCUGCUCAAGAAACGUUAGUACAGAGAUUGUAUCAAGUAAAGUUGUAUCAAAAUUCAAAGUUAA